AUGGAAUCCGAGACGCGAACUUCGCAGCGAAAAUCGAGGCGGACUGCCAACGCCUGCAUCGCUUGUCGACAAAGCAAGAUAAAGUGUUCCGGAAGAGAUCCCUGCCAGAACUGCCAACGACGUUCGAUCCAAUGUCAGUUUGCAGUCGGCAAUAACAAGAUCUUGGUAUCGGAGAAAUAUCUCCAAGAUCUACAGAAGCAGGCUGAAAAGAAUCAACGGCCGUCCUCGACGUACAAUCUCGACUCCCUGGCGCAGGCUGCGGGGUAUUUUCGUUCACCAGUCUCACAACCCUCAGGACCACAAACUGAAAUCGACCCCAACCCUGUCACCACACCGCAAUAUCCAAAUGCUUCUACUCCUUUUGAUGUUUGGCCUGACGUAUAUCCAAUGCCCGUCAAGAUUAUCAGAAACAGUCAAAAGAAUAGACGCACCUGGAUAUGGCUAGCUCCAUGGUCGACGUGGUCUUACACGAUGCGUCUAAUACACCUACUAAGGGAAAGAUUACACCCUGAGGACCCCUCCCUUCCGCCUAAUGUGGUAGAUCCAGAUGUUUAUACUUUGACAUGGGAAACUGGCUCUCCCAGCAACCCUCCCGAUAUCAGUGGUCUGCCCUCACUAAACCACGCCAUCUACUUUUUCAACACCGUCAAAUUUCAUCUCAGCCAUGUUUAUCGGUUGUUCAAAGAACAGGAAUUUGAGAAUGAAAUACGAGAGUUCUAUGCUAAUGCCUCGGAGAAGGUGGCCAAAUGCCAGCUCUGGUUUGCUAAGUUUCUCCUAAUUCUCGCAUUCGGGACGGCAUUUCAUGCGUCGCCAGUAGACAGCGAGGAACCUCCUGGCGCAAAGCUCUUCGCGCGAGCCAUGGCCUUGAUCCCCAACACUACUACUCUGUGGAAAGAUAGUCUCUUGGCCAUCGAGGUCUUGAUUCUGGUGUCCCUGUACCUAUUCUCAGUUGCCGAAAGGGAGGCAGCUCAUAUCUAUUUAGGACAGGCAAUCUGUAUUGCACAGCUUGAAGGCCUACACACUGAGCUACCUGAACAAGACUUGGGACCGGAGACAGCUGCCUAUUGCCGCGACCUCUGGUGGACAUUAUAUAUUAUGGACAGGCACUUUUCAUGCUCUCUGGGAAUUCCAAUGUCUGUGAAGGAUAGUGACAUCACGACGCCAGUCCCUUCUCCAAACGCAGGCUCCCCACUGGACAGCGCUCGAAGCCUUCAGGUGAAUCUCUCGAAUUUGUUGUCUGUUAUUCUGACCACCGUAUAUCAACCCACUAUUACCCCUUUGGCGACAUUUCUAGAGCAAACGAGAUCCAUACUACAUACCUUGGCCCGGCACGCUCAAGAGAUUGAAAGGAUUAUUAAACUGAAAUUGCAGAGCUCUGUGGGUACAAUCCCUCGGAGUACCAGCUAUUUAACUUUACUAUAUCACCAGUGUGUAAUAGUAGCCACGCGCCCCCUACUUUUCUCAAUUCUCAAAGAACGGCUCGAUAUGCUAGAGCAUCCAGGCAACGAGAACUGGGACAGCUUUUUGGCAAAGACAGGAGCAGUCAUUUCGACCGGCAUCAAAUCAGCCGUCAAAACGGUUCAGAUAUUGACUAGCGAGUAUAGCCUUCUCGAGUCAUUUUUGCCGUACGACAUCGAGUUCGCAUUUGGAGCUGCUCUUCACCUAACUAUAGCUGAUGCCCUCUUCCCGGACGUGGAAGAUUACCAAAAGAGCCGCCAGAUAGCGCAUCAAAUAUUGGAUGGCUUUGUUUCGCGAGGGAGUCGAGUCGCUAAGGCGAGAAGAACAGAGCUAUCCCAUGUCGAGACUUUGUGUCAAGAGUUAGUUGCGGAGGUGCAGCAGCAAGGCCAUCAGACGCUGCACCUGCUUUAUUCGGCCGGGAUUGCUGCUGAUAUUGUGAGGAAAACGAACGAAGAGCAAGACAGAUUACUCGCCGCGUCGAGAGGUGAGCCAAGCGCGAUGCUUGAAAUGACUGGAGAUCUCGGCAAUCAAUCGCCAACACUCGAUGGGAACAUGGAAUAUCUUGAUGACAUUGGCAUUUCAUCUGAAGAAUUCCUUUCCAUCGUCCAACAGAUGGGAACUACUCUCCCAGAGAGUAUGUUGACGUUGAAUCAAAGCGACUAG